GUGUAAUGGCGGAUCCGUCGCCAUUUGGUUGAUUUGCCAGCGUCUGUCGUUCUUUCUGCGGUUUCUUGCGUUCCGUUACGGAAGUGUCUAUAUCACUUAUUCGAGAUGGCUAAGCGUACAAAGAAGGUCGGAAUCACCGGCAAAUACGGUACCCGCUAUGGUGCCUCCCUCAGAAAGAUGAUUAAAAAGAUGGAGGUUACGCAGCACAGCAAGUACACGUGCUCGUUUUGCGGCAAGGAGGCUAUGAAACGUACCGUUGUUGGAAUCUGGUCAUGCAAACGCUGCAAGAGGACGGUUGCUGGUGGCGCAUGGGUAUAUUCGACAACGGCUGCUGCUUCAGUAAGAUCAGCAGUGCGUCGAUUACGUGAAGUUAAAGAGCAGUAAAUGUAUGUAAUAAAAAUUAUCUUUUCACAAU